UCUGUGGACGGUAGGCUUUUAUUGUGAAGGACGUGAACCGGGAGUAUUGUUGUUGACGCAAGAAAGGAGGGACGCUACCAUCACGUUUUCAUCUAAUUUCCCUUAGAAUAAUAAAAAACACUUAGGUUUGAGGUCAAGUAGACUGUUGACGGUGUGCUACAAUGAUUAUUCCUGUCCGCUGCUUCACCUGUGGGAAGAUCGUGGGUAACAAAUGGGAGGCAUAUCUCGGGCUACUUCAAGCAGAGUAUACCGAAGGUGAUGCCCUCGAUGCCCUCAGCCUGAAGAGAUAUUGUUGUCGGAGAAUGCUCCUUUCUCACGUGGAUCUUAUUGAGAAGUUGUUGAAUUAUGCUCCACUGGAGAAGUGAUUGUAUCUAUCUGGCUGCUUCCGCGUCCUGUUCUUUGUGGGGCUCUCCCAUGGAUAGUUUCAUGUUAUGUUCAUGUGUGACAACAGUGAAGACUUAAGAACAUUAGUUGGUGUAUCUAUAUCAUAAUGAAUUUUUCUCUAAAUAAAGCUAAUAAAUGACA